AUGCAUUCUAUCACGGCAACUGCCGCUGUGGCCAUCGCCCUGGCGUAUUUCGCCAACGCAGCUCCUAUUAGUCCAGUUCCAGGGUUGACGGAGCUCUCCGCCUGGGAAACUAUUUUUUCUGACCCAAACGUUAACCCGGAAGACUAUGGACUUUCUCAGGCUGAGCAGCGCGAGAGAUAUAGGGAGGAUUGCCACAAAGUUUGCGGAAAGGUUAUUCAGCUUAUCGCCAAGGACGGCUGCGACUCUGAUUGGAAAGGAUACGAGAAAAGUUGCGAAACUUGCUUUUAUAAUCGCUUCAUUGAUGGCUCGGAAUUCAGGGAGAAGUGGGGAAAUGGCUUGAAGAAAGCUCUUGGCAUAUGCGGUAUCACAGUCCCUGAAGAAAUCCCCAAAGAAAUGGACGCCGACGGAUGCCUUGUUGAAAAGCCAAGUCCUGCAAAGCCAGAUGCUGAGAAGACAGCCACCGAGACGCCAAGUGCUGAAAAUCCAGAUUCUGAAAAGCCAGAUACUGUGAAGCCAGAUACUGUGAAGCCGGAUACUGUCAAGCCGGAUACUGUCAAGCCGGAUACUGUGAAGCCAGAUACUGUGAAGCCGGAUACUGUCAAGCCGGAUACUGUCAAGCCGGAUACUGUCAAGCCGGAUACUGUCAAGCCGGAUACUGUCAAGCCGGAUACUGAAAAGCCGCCUGCUGGACAGUCAAACACUGAAUCCAAAGAGGGUGGAGUGGGACAGAGCACGAACCCUCAAGAAGAAACCAGCGAGUAUAUCAGCGAGUAUAAUUGUCACGCUGCCUGCGGAGGCAUCAUUACAAAGGGCCGAGAGGGAAAAUGCAAAGAGCUCAAGGAGCAGUUUGUUCCCGUAUGCGAGAAAUGUGCUAUACGAACGGGCAUCUGGGGAAUUUACAAAUGCGGCGCGCGGGCAGGCGCAAGGAAAUGCGGCGUCCAAGUCAACCCUCAGUAG